AUGAAGGUAAUGAAGUUUAAGCAUGAGAACCCCUCACCUGCUCUGACCUCUUCCAGGGUCCUGGGAGCAGCCCAGAGUAACUCUGUAUUUCUCUUGUAUUAUUCUGGAAGGCUGCCGAAUCAUACAACCCUCAGAUCCCACAAAACCUGGAUCUGCCCUUGUAUGAACCUAAGACCCCCAGCUGGACAAUCACAAGUUCACCUCUGUCUGCCCCCAUAUAACCCUUCUCUCCAGCUCCUAGGAAUUCCUGAUCAUUUAAUGGGCAGUUACACUGUUGGGGAAACAAAAGUGACUCUCCUUUCUCUGGACCUCCAUUUGGUUUGA